AUGCAACCCUCAAGAAGUAGUGUUGUUGACAUAAAAGAUCGUCUAACAUCAUUGGAAAACAUUCUCGCUGAUCCUUUCUCAGACCUAAACAUUGAAAGAAUUUUGGAUGUUUUCAUUUCCGCUGUACUGGAUAGCCAAUGCAUCCCCAGAGAUAAGCCUGACACCCAAAUAUUGACAUUUUCUGAAAGAUUUACUGACUCAGUUAAGCAGUUGCUUGUGCUUCGACGACAACGACAUGACUUCACCUUUCUUUCUACUCUUGGCCGCGGUGCGUAUGGUCGUGUUGACCUCGUUCGAGAGAAUGCAACUGGCCGAGUGUGCGCGAUGAAAACGCUUGACAAAUCAAAAAUGCUCAGUCAGCAAGCUGACUUUUGGGCUGAGCGAGAAAUAAUGGCUCAAAGUGUAUCACCGUGGAUUGUUCGUCUCUUCUACUCCUUCCAAAUUUACUUUCGGCGUUAA